GCGACAGGGGCGGGGCGGAGCCGUAAAGCAGCGCAGAACUUUCCCCGCCGCCAGGGCGCCCUUGAAAGGACCGUGGGUCAUGGCUGGCACGGCGCGCGGCUGCGGGACCAGCCUGGACCUGCUGCGAUCCUUGCCGAGAGUGAGCCUGGCCAACCUGAAGCCCAGUCUUAACUCCAGAAAACGGGAAAGACGUCCAAGAGAUCGGAGAAGAGGUAGGAAGUGUGGCAGAGGCCAUAAAGGAGAAAGGCAGAGAGGAACCCGGCCGAGACUGGGCUUUGAGGGAGGGCAGACUCCAUUUUACAUCCGAAUCCCAAAAUAUGGUUUUAAUGAAGGACAUAGUUUCAGGCGCCAGUACCAUCCUUUGAGUCUCAGGAGACUACAGUAUCUCAUUGAUUUAGGUCGAGUUGAUCCAACUCAACCUAUUGACUUAACCCAGCUUGUGAAUGGGAGAGGCGUGACCAUCCAGCCACGUAAAAGGGAUUAUGGGGUCCAGCUGGUUGAAGAGGGUGCUGAUACUUUUCAAGCAAAAGUUAAUAUUGAGGUGCAGUUGGCUUCAGAAUUAGCCAUUGCUGCAAUUGAAAAAAAUGGCGGUGUUGUUACUACAGCCUUCUAUGACCCAAUAAGUCUAGAAAUUCUGUGCAAACCUGUUCCAUUCUUUCUGCGGGGACAACCCAUUCCAAAAAGAAUGCUUCCACCCGAGGCGCUGGUGCCCUAUUACACCGAUGCAAAAAACCGGGGGUACCUGGCUGACCCUGCCAAGUUUCCUGAAGCCAGACUCGAACUCGCCAUGAAGUAUGGCUACGUUCUCCCCGAUAUCACGAAAGAUGAAUUCUUCAGAAUGCUCAGCACUCGGAAGGACCCGAGGCAGAUUUUCUUUGGUCUUGCUCCUGGCUGGGUAGUAAGCAUGGCAGAUAAGAAAAUUCUAAAACCUACAGAUGAGAAUCUUCUCAAGUACUACAGCUCCUGAACUGCCUUCUACCAAGCCAGACUGUGAGCCAGACAGCCGGACGGACGGGCUGCACGUGGGUUCUUGUGGGUCUUAAAGCCUGGGGUGUUACCAGCCUUCAUUGGUCAGGUCUCUCGUUCUUUUUCCAUCUUAAAUAACAGGCAGCAAAAGCUGCUUGGAGGGACUGAGCCUUUGAGAG